AUGUUACAACUGAUGGAUAAGAACGAAACAGUCAAAGAACCAGGUAUGAGCGAGAUCGAUCGUUGUAAUUCACUUACGGUCGAAGAGGAAUACACAAAUCCUCUAACGUUCUGGCAACAACAACAAAUUCAAUUGGCCUAUCCAACCCUUUAUCGUCUUGCCAAACGCACAUUCGCAGUUCCAUGCAGUUCAGGUGCGGUCGAACGUCAAUUUAGCGCAGCCGCUGCACCGGUAACAUUUUCAUUUCAUACAUUAUUUGUAUAUGAAAAAAAAUUAGGAGAAAAACCAAAUUUUCGUCAAUCACUUAUAAUGGGAACUCUUGAAAAUAUUUAUCACAUACAUAAAAUGAAAUGGUGUUUUUCAAAUAAUUUUACAUCUUAUAUAGAAGUUUAUCUUCGUCUUGAUGGAUAA